CCGAUUUAAAUACAAUCAAUAUCUUUUCAAAUUGAUAUGUUUUGUUUUCCACUUUUCGUUAUUGUUAUAUCAAUUUUAAAGAUCAAUUAUGGAGUUGUGAAAUCUGAUAUCGACGUUAUUGAAUAAAUGUUUUAAAUAGUGAAUAAUCAAAAGCAAAUCUUUACUAUUAAUGCUUAACGGGCUUAUCGGUGCAUAGCAAAGGCGGUCGUUAACAACGCAAAUAUGUGACGAUAUUUCUUCCGGGUGAAAAUAAGAUUUAUUCUUCAUCAUUAGAAUGAAUGAAGUUGUAUAUAAAUCGUUCAUGGUUUUAUACAUGAUACAGUGCAUAUCAGCACAACUGUCAUCCGUAGAAGAAAGAAGAAAUGAAACACACUGUAAUACAGGCAAUGUUAACAUAGACUGCGGAAGCUCAGUGAUAGCUGUUGAUUCUAUCCUAUAUGGAUAUAAUGCGCUUUGUGAUUCAAUUUGUUGCGACUUUAAUACGGACCAUUGUUUAGAAAGUGCGACGACGUCGGAUAGAAUUGAUGUUCGGCGUCAAUGUUCUGGAAAAUCGUCCUGCACUAUUGCCCUCGGAGGGGUCCGGGAUUUUUGUUCCCAAGGAGCGCACGAACCUUCCUAUGUUACAAUUUACUAUUAUUGUAUUCCUUCUGAAAGGAAGUUAUCCGUAUGUUCAAGUGACAAAAUACAUUCAUCGAGUUUACCACUUUAUUUAACAAAUAAAGGUUAUCCAGGUGUGACAACAGGCGAAUCAACAUGUUCUUGCUCUCUAGAAAUAUAUGAUUGUACAUCUAGUGUUAACUUAUAUAUCAUUGAUGCUGAUUUGUAUCUAGAUGCAUCAAACUGUGAACAAAGACUAGAAAUGCGUGACAAUUUAAACGUGACAUUACAUGGUAUCGAAUGUGAAAGUUACUAUGGAUCUGACAUCACCACUCAUACUUUAAACAAGCAUUAUAUCACUAUUAACUUUUUGGACAAUUCCAAUGCUAACCAGGAAGGAUUAUUUUUUCUUGGAUUUGCUGCUACAGCAGUAAAUACCCAAUUCAGUCUGAGCUGCUCGUCUGUACCGGAGAUUCGAUGUGUUGAUUGUGCUCCAAUUACUAGUAUUGCUAUUGAUAAUGGCAAUGCCUCAUUGAUCGUUGAGAACGACUCGUCUAAUGGAGCUCGUGCAAAUGUGAUUUGUGAAGACGGGUAUAACACUACAAAACCGACGAUCGAAUGUUUAGACACGGGGUUGUGGGAAACAAGUACCUGCAUUGCUGAUGGUAACGGUGAUAGUAAAGAGGAUCUUGAUACAGACACAGAUGAAAGUAAAGAGGGUGGACAAGAUUUUGCUGCAUGGAAAAUAGCUGUUAUUGUACUAUCUGUAGCUGUAGUAAUAGCUCUUUUAGCAGUGCUGAUUGUUGUCAAAUGGUGUACAAACAACAGUAACCGUGAUCAAGAUAGAAAGUCUGACCCGGAAGACCUUGCUUACGAACAAUAUCCCGCAACUGCACCACCUGUACCACCGCGAGGAACAGAAAUGAUGUCAUAUCUUACAUCCGGAGCUCCAUUGCCUGCAAUCACACCACAGCACAAGAUUAAACAUGGCCCUGUGUACAUCGAUCAUAAUGAUGCGCAUAUAUUUGGACUCACAAUACACAUUCCAUUCCGGAAGAAAAACAAACUCGCACCUAUAGAUCGACAUGAAUAAUAAGUGUGAUAAAAACAUCGACAUUAUAAUUAUCAGGCAAAGGCAAAAUAUCAGUUUGCAGUUUUAUGUCCAGUUUUCUAUGAUAUUAAGUUUCUUUUUAUUCAAUUACAUUUGCAUGUUACGCUGAAAUUCAUUUGAUAUUUUUUAUCGAAAACAUGUUUGUUCGAUGUAAAACAAGCCUAAGUAAGACAGCAACAUGUUCUAAAUGAAUAUUUAAUUAGAAUUUUGAAUCAUUUUAUUUACUGCUUCAUUGAAUGUUAACAAUGCACCGAUGCCAAUGAAUAACUUUACUGGACAAAGGCAAAAUAACACCAAAUAUGUUUUAUUGAUAUAAUAUUAUAUUUUUUGUACUGAAAAAGUUAUUAACAUUAAAUUAAUACCAUCAAUUUCAAACGAUGGCAAACUAAAUUUUUCAAAGCUUCGCAACAUGAUUGCUUUAUUUACUACCGACUGGAAUAAUUUAUAAAUACCAAAAAUACCAGGGCCAUCUUAAUACGUCAUUAGGCAUCAUUAUGUCAUUAUAUGCUUGUGGCGGCAAAUUGAGAUUCUAGACAGUCAGAUGAUAACCAACACUGAUUCAAUGUUUCGCGGUAUGCAACAAAAACCGCAAUGCACAGCUGUUCAUAAGUUAAGUAAGUAAUCACAUCUUAUGUACGUCUAUGAAUAUAUAAAAGAAAGAAAGUCAUGGUUUGAGUCCCGGCUGCGGGUUACCGAUUUUGCGUGUGAUGUCAUUUAUGGAUUUUUCAUAAAACUUGAUAUGUAUUUAUAUAAAUAUAAUAUUUAUAAAUAUUUUUUAUCAUUCAUUGACUUCAGUUUCCAUACAUGUAAAUAAUGACAUGUCUUUAUAAAAGAAAAACUUUUUGAUUGCAAUUAUUAUCAUGUUUUUUUACAAUAUGUUUUCUAGUAGUAUUUCAUCAACUAUUCUAAAUGGGUGUGAUUUUUAGUUUAGUUUAUUUAUGCAUUUUUUCAUAAAACUUGAUAUUUAAAAUGGAAAACACUCUUUAUCAUUCAUUGCUUUUCAUUGUCCAUACAUGUUAACCGCUAAUAAAUAAUGACAUGUCUUUAUGAAUAAAGCUUUUUGGUGGUAAUUAUUAUCAUGGGAUUUUUACAAUAUGUUUUUAUUAGUUUUUCAUCAACUAUUCUAAAUGGGUGUGAUUUUUUGUAUAGUAAUCUUUUUAUGUAUUCACGCAUCAUAAGUGAUGUAUUACUUUAACUACGUUAAAUAUUUUGUACCAUUUAUCCUACCAAAACAUCUUAUCAUAUCUUGUAAUAUUCUCAUUCGUAUUUAUUCCAUGGUAGUUUCAUUAGAGCUAGGUCAAAAGACACGAGAUGAUAAAAGUAAUGAUAUUGCUUUCAAUGCUGAUUUAUACUGGACGAGUACAUAAUUGUCAAAACUAUAGUUUGUAACGAACAUUGGUACAUUGAGCCGAAUAUAUUUCAUUUUGCAGCUGUGAACAAGUACACUAAAAUCAGAAGUGUAUUCAAUAAUGUAUAGUGUCACUUUAUUACUUUGUAAACAGUAUGGGAUUUAUUUGUAAUUAAUGAAAUUUGAAAAUACAUACGAGGCUAGACGAAGUGUUUUAUGGAUUUGAUAUGAAGAAAAAUGAACACAGUUGUUCAUAUGUUAGAUGAAUAAACAAAAAUAUAACUCCGCAGGUAUCAUCAUCAUAUACAAUAAAUUCUGUCUGCAAAUCAUUACAACUUAAUCAAUAUUCUUGUAAUUACCUUUUAAUAUUUCAAAUCUUUCUACAAAGAUAUAACUUUUUUCAAAAAUAUGACAUUGCUGUAACAAUAAUCCUUAAAAUUUAUCUGUAGACAUAAAUAUGUAGACAUGUUUCAAAAGGAUAUAGCGAUAACAGAACUUCGUUACAGAACGGAUUCUAUAAUUUUCUAAAAUUUUACCACCUAAAUGUUGAAUUUGCUUUAGUCGACGAUAGGGGCAUGUAACCCUGUUUUGUUUUGCAUGUUUUAGAUGACUAAUUUUGAAUGAUUACCUUCAAUUUUCACUUGGUGAAAUAUAGAAAAUGUGUUCAAAAAGGAGACUUGAAAGUUUAAAAACAUUACAGACCGUUAUCUCUAUCAUUUUGGUAAUACUUGUACAAACUUCUACAUGUAAGUCGGAACGUCGGUGGUUCUACUCAAGUGCCCAUUCGUGCAUGAAAUAUUGCUCGGAAGGGCAACUGAGGUCUUCCUCCUUCAGUAAAUCUUGAACGUCGUCAUAUGACCUAUAAUAUAUCGAUGUAACGUAAAACCCAAUUAAACAAACAAGGAAACUGCAUGUAAGUAAGAGAACAAUAGGUAGUUAAUGAUAAAGUCUGGUUUGUCUCGAUUUUGUUGAACGAACAUGGAAUAACAAUGUACGCAUCAACUACUUCUGAUCAUAAAAUAUAUUUUAUUUUGCUUGUAAGUUGCUAUUGAAUUUAAAACAGUAUGCAUAUUUUUACAACAAAAUAAAAACAAGUAAAUAAGAAGAAAGGUAACGGUUAUUCAGCAUUUUUUUCGAACAACAAUUUGACGAAUUGACUUUUAAUGCCACUAUAAAAAUUGUGUUUGUGAAAAUGUCUGUAUUAUAACGAAAAGUGCAUGCUAUACUGAUAUUGAUGUGCUUCUUUAACGGGAAGCAUUUCAAGGAUUUCCAUUUUGAUUUAUCGUCUUGCUGCACUUCACAAUGGCAAUAAAAAAUUGUCACAUGACAGUGUUGUAGUUUUUUUUGUUUUUGUUUGUUUCAUUUUACGCCUUUUUCCAACAGUAUUUCAGUCAUAUAGGCGGGUAGUUUCCUAACCAUCGUUCCUGGAGAGUUACACCAGUACUAGACUCCCUUCCUCCGCGCUAAACUACCAAAGCAUCUCCCGGGGAUCGAACCCACGCCAGAGAGGUAAAUGGAUUAGAAGUCAUCGACUCUAACCCCUCGACCACGGAGGCGGUUUUUCAGUGUUGUAGUUGUUUUACUAGAACUGCUUAUUAACUUCAGUCCGACCCCGGUUAUUCGACAACCAAUUAUUCGAAUACCCUGCAUUAUCCAAAGUAGAUGUACGGUCUCGUCUUCAUCUCUAUAUAAAUUAAUAUAAAUAUGAACGUAUUAUUCGAAAUGCAUUACCCGAUACCUCCUAUUUUUCGAAGUAAAAUUUCGGUCCGGAUUAUAUCAUUAUGUAAGAAUUUCACACCUAUUAUUUGAAGCCAGACUAAUUGGCGCUGAUUGACUCGCUGACCGUCCCAAAUUGUGAAGAACUUGGCAGCAAAAACUUCUAAUAGCCAUGAUAAUUACGAUUUGCGUGUACCGAACAUUAAUUGUAUGCUAUUAAGUGCACGGUUCAAGGUGUUCAAAAGGUGUUCAAAAAUAAUGAUUUUUUGAUUGAUGAAUGACAAUAAACAAAUAAAAAUAAACUAUUUUAUUAAUUGAACGGUUUAUAUUAAUGCUGUUUGUAUAAUUUUGAAUACAUUCGUAAUGCAUGAAUGUCUAUCAUUAAAAUCCUUCACUUUGUCCGACAUGCACGGAGAUGACAGCGAUGUUUUAAUGUGCAUGUUUAUAUGUUUAUAUUAACCUGUGCUACAGAACCUGGAAAUUAACUGCAAGUAGUUUAUAAAAAUAUAUUUUUAACGUUGGUCGUUGUUUAUUUGAUUACCGGUAACAGACGUGUUGAAAAGUUUCGCUUGAAUUGUCGAUAUGGUCAAGUGGAGUAGUUUCAUUUCAAUAUGUUCUCCAACCCAUCGAUUUUUCGAAGUAAAUUUUCAGUCCCCGGUAAUUCGAAUAAUUGAGGUUGGACUGUAUAAUAUAGAAAAAUAUAAACUGCUACUUAAUUAGCCUUUGCAUGCAGUGCAGCGCUUUUGUGCUUAAAUAUGUGGAUUAUAUAAUUGAUGCGCCUGAAAUACCUCUGAAAAUCUCUAACACAAAGCAGACGUAUUACGUCUUGUAAUUAUAAUGUAUGUAGCAUAC